AUGAAGUGGACCAAGAAGGCUGUAGGCACUGGGAAGGCGAAUUUUCCGGUACAGUAUGACCUCAGCGGGAGAGUGGAGGUCAUCGUGAAGGGCUCCAAGACGCAGGUCAUUGGAGACUGUGCCUUCUUCCUGUUGCGAACAUCUUGGACGAAAUUUCUCUGUUGUCUUGUGAUGGCGUACUUGAUCUUGAUUCUGGGCUUUGCGGGGAUUUACUUGGCCGAAGCAGAUGGCAUGAUCUGUCUCAUCAAGGAUGAGCCGUGUGACUUCUGGGACGCAUUGAACCUCUCCGUCCACAGCAUGUCCACCAUCGGCUUUGGUUCCAUCGUCCCCCAGUCUGCGCUUGCGCACUCGGCCGUUGCCGUGGAAUUUUGGAUUGCAGUUCUUAUGGGUGCCGGAGCCGGCGGGCUGCUCUUUUCCCGGGUCAGCACCGCUAGCAGUCGAGUUGCUUUCUCCGACGUUGCCCUGGUGACCAACAUCCGCGGCUGUCCGACAGUCACCAUGCGGAUCGUCAACGAGCGGCCCUUCAGUUCCUUGUUCGACGUGACCUGCCGAGUUAGUGCCCUCGUCAAGGACCCAAAAGCCGGCAUGCGGAUCCUGGUACCUUGUGAGCUGGAGCGCAGCACGAACAUGAUGUUCCGAGCCGUCUGGAACAUCCUGCACCGCUUGGACGAGAAGAGCCCAUUAUACGGCCUUGAUGAGCACAACUUCGAGGACAAGUUCCUGGCUUUUGUGGUGCAAAUUGAGGGCACAGAUCAGACCUACAUGCAGAAGGUGUUCGCUAACAAAUGCUACUACCCCUCGGACUUCCGCUUCAACGAGUCCUUCGAGGAUAUCAUGACCAUGGGCACCAACACUAUCACGGUUGACUUGAAGGGGCUCAGCACCACUCGACACGUUGCCGAGCGCUCCAAGCGGUUGAGCUUCCUCAGGGCGAACACAUUCACACCUGACGAGGCAAAGAAGAUGGCAGCCUUCCAAACAGACCAGGACAAGCAAGACGAGGACGUAGAUGCAUCGGCAAGCACCAGACCCUCUGACGGAUUCUUGCCAUCAGAGGAGCUUGAAUGCGUGGACGCGGAAAAGGAGAUAUUCACAGCUGCCUGCUGA